CGACAUCAUCAUGCCAGAGAUCCAACCUCUUUUCUACCCCACAGAUUUCCUCCAUUGGCCAAGUAUAAACAACGGGCCAAAUGCCCUCGCGCCCCUGGCUUACGACAGUUGCGUUUUCCCUCUUUAUUCUCUUCUUCUCCAUGCUGUAUCGGCCACUCGUGGGCAGAAUUUUUCACACAGGCUUCAUGGCAACCUCAGCUCGGCGUGGGGGCGUCAUCGUCGUUGGAUCUGGCCUGGCAGGCCUGUCGGCCGCGUCCGAGCUGGUUUCCAAAAAUGUGCCCGUGGUGAUCCUUGAACGCCAGCAAAAGCCCGGUGGAAACUCCAUCAAAGCAUCAAGCGGGAUAAAUGGGGUUCCUACUCGUUUCCAAAAUGACUCGUCCGACUCGGUUGAAAGUUUCCACGCCGACACAGUCAAGUCGGUCAGUGCAGACGUGAUGCGUACAGUGACAGAAAGCCGACAGCGACUGAUAUCGACCUUGACAAAAUCAUCCGCGUCCGCCGUCAAUUGGCUUGUUGAUGAGAAGGGAAUCGAUCUCUCACGGGUAGCGGCACUAGGUGGUCACAGCCAUCCUAGAACUCAUCGUGGAGCCGGCCAAACACCACCAGGGGCGAGCAUUGUAACAACUCUGCUCAAGCAGCUUCAAGCCAACGAUCUGGCCAAAAUAGAAACAAACUCAACGGUGACAAAGGUCCUCAGUGGCCGGGAUGAGGGCGUGGUGGGGGUCGAAGUCUCUCGAGAUGGGAAGAGCGAGACGCUGCAAGGGCCCGUCAUUUUCGCUUCGGGUGGAUUUGCGGGAGACUCUAUGGGAUUGCUGGCAAGACAUCGUCCUGAUUUGCAAGGAUACCCUUCAACCAACGAAGCACUUCCUGGCAGCUCAGAUCUUCUGACAGCCGCUGGAGCCCAGCUUCUCGACAUGGACCAAGUCCAGGUCCAUCCGACUGGGUUUAUCGACCUCAAGGAUUCUUUCAAAGUGACGAAAUUCUUGGCUGCAGAAGUACUCAGAGGCGAAGGAGGCAUCUUGUUGAGAGGUGGCAAAAGAUUCGUCGAUGAACUCCAGACCAGAAAGGUCGUCACUGACGCCAUACUCGACAAGGCACCAGACAUGUCCACAGACCCGAUCAAGCAGUGGGACGUCCUGCUCGUGCUGGACGAGAAGACGUACCAAGCGACGAAAUCGCACGUCGACUUUUACCUCUGGAAAGGACUUAUGCAGAAAACCACCUUAUCCGACAUAGCAAAUCCAGAACCGGCGAUGAAAAGUAUCCGAGAAUAUUGUGACACUGUCCAGGGAAAGAAUCCAGACCCUUUCGGCAGGACGAAUUUCGGAAACUGGAACAUGCAGAACCCCACGCCCGAGACGACAGUAUAUGUUGGCCUCGUCACACCGGUCGUGCAUUAUACAAUGGGCGGUGUAUUAUUCACUCCUGACGCUCAGGUGGUGGAUGCGAGUGGAAAUCCGAUCAAAGGUCUCUGGGCUGCUGGGGAGGUGACUGGUGGCAUUCAUGGAGCAAACAGACUUGGAGGGAGUAGUCUGCUCGAGUGUGUCGUCUUUGGGCGUAUUGCAGGACAAAAAGCCGCCGAGUUCUUGCAGUCGAAAAACACAUAAGCUGGAAGGAGAUAUCAUGAACAAAGAUGUUUUACAGCGUGGCGUCGUCGCAUGCAGAUAGCCGUAAGGGGGAAUUCUUGACAGUGAUUCAUUCGUACAAACAAAAAGAAGUCGUUCCUUUUUGUUUCAUGAGAAACAUACAUCUGCUGCCUUGUACCUUGGAUAGAUUCACUCCCUGACUGUCAGCGAUUACUUCGUUUUCACUGCACUUUCCAGGAUCUGGGACCGCGAGGCGGGACACAGUGAACAGCACGUACCCAUAAGCUUCACUACCACAAUUACGCGCCUUGUUAACCCUCAAGGCUCUCAUAUGAAAACGAUCUUUUCG